CGCUGUCAUUCAAUGACGAGUGAACGGUGAAUACAAUUUAUGAAUUUAUAGUUAUGUUGCUAGAAAAAGGAAAUUGCAAAUAUUUUAUUUAAUGUUGUGAAAUAUUUUAUAACAUUAUACAAGAAUAUAUUAUUGUAUUAGUGACCUAUAAAAAUUAACAAAAAUGCAAAACAAUAAUUCCCGUGAACGGGAGAGUAAUCACCAUUCCAGUUCUGGUAAUCAUUCUCAUUCUGUUACAAUGAAUAUGCGAGAAAAAGAAGAAUACAUAGAAAAUUUCAAUUUUCCUUUCUGCGAUUUAACAGAUAAAUACGAAAAGGUUACUAAAAUAGGUCAAGGAACAUUUGGUGAGGUAUUUAAGGCUAGAGACAAAAGUAAUCCCAAAAAAUUUGUUGCCAUGAAAAAAGUACUUAUGGAUAAUGAAAAAGAAGGGUUUCCCAUAACGGCACUUAGAGAAAUAAGAAUUCUUCAACUUCUUAAACAUGAAAAUGUUGUAAACCUGAUAGAAAUCUGUCGGACGCAAGCUUCGCAACAUAACAGAUAUCGAUCGACGUUUUACUUAGUUUUCGACUUUUGUGAACAUGAUUUAGCCGGCUUACUUUCGAAUGUACUUGUCAAAUUUAGUUUAGGAGAAAUAAAGAAAGUUGUUCAACAACUUUUAAAUGGACUGUAUUAUAUACAUAGUAAUAAGAUAUUACACAGAGAUAUGAAGGCGGCAAAUGUUCUAAUUACCAAAAAUGGAGUAUUGAAACUAGCCGAUUUUGGACUGGCUAGGGCAUUUAGUACAAAUAAAAAUGGAAUGCCAAAUAGAUUUACAAAUCGUGUAGUAACUUUGUGGUACAGACCACCAGAACUACUUUUAGGAGAGAGAAACUAUGGACCCCCUGUAGAUUUGUGGGGAGCUGGUUGCAUAAUGGCUGAGAUGUGGACCAGAUCACCUAUAAUGCAAGGGAACAGCGAACAGCAGCAAUUGACACUCAUUUCUCAGUUGUGCGGUUCGAUCACCCCACAAGUAUGGCCCGGGGUAGAAAAUUUAGAAUUGUAUAAAAAAAUGGAACUGCCGCAAAGGCAAAAGAGAAAGGUUAAGGAGCGCCUUACUCCCUACGUGAAAGACCCGUAUGGCUGUGAUUUACUCGACAAACUGCUUGUACUAGAUCCUUCGAAAAGGGCAGACGCAGACACCGCCCUGAACCAUGACUUUUUCUGGACCGAUCCCAUGCCCUGCGAUCUAGGAAAAAUGUUGGCCAACCACACUCAGAGCAUGUUCGAGUUCCUGGCGCCUUCCCGUAGAGCCACUCAGAUGCGGCACCAUUCUAUGCCUAGGCCGACCACGUCCGCCGUUCAGGACAGCGGGUAUCAGGACAGAGUUUUCUAGUUAAAACCAUUUAAAUAGGAGGACUUUUCGUGACGUUCGAUUAUAUUUUAUUGAACCCCAUUUUUAUGGAUUGCAGUUACUUAAUUUUGAUAACAGUUUGUUUUACAAUAAUGAUGAGAAUGUUAAGUUGAAAGGGAAGUUCUUUGUGAUUUAUUUGGAUGUUUGUUUUUCAACGGAAAGACGCAGCAGCAAAUAUUAAACUUAUUUACUUUCGAACUAGGUGUUGAUUACGACCGUUAUGAAUGGAAGUGACUCAACUAAUUCACUAAUUUGUGAUGUCGUAAGAAAUCCAAUGCCACUCGUUAAAUAAUUUGGAUCAAUAAUAUUUAAAAUCAACUGUAUCGAAUUUACAGUUUAUAUUUAAGGAUCUUGCAUAUUAUAAGACUAAAACUACUGACUAUCGAUAUACAAUUGCUUACAAAGAUAUAUACUGGAAUUUAUGUGCCGGUACAUUUUUUAUUUCAGAAAUUUCUCUACGUAAACCAAUACAGAAAUCUUUGUUUUAAUUUUUUUUGUAAUCAGUAUAUAUUUGUGAAGUCGUUAACAUUUUUUUUAAUUCGGUUAAUGUACAUCAAGCUCUAGUUAUUGUACCAAUCAGUGCCGAAUGUUUUUUUAUGAAAUAAACGUAUAUUUUUUCCUG